UGGCUGUGUCUUAUUCUGCUCCUUCUUCUCUUCCCUUGGUUUCUCUAACCCUAUUACAUUUAAAACUGUUUGCUUUUGAGUAGUUUCUUCUUUGUUUAGAACAGGUGGAGGUGUAAUUUGAGUCUGAUUCUGCUCUAUCCUUGGUGGGGAUGGAGGCUCAAUAUUUGUUUCUUUGACGGUAGGAGAUGUUAUUUGUGUAUGGUUCUCCUCUUUUUUGUCCUUCUUUGGGGGUGGCUCAUUAUUCUUAGAGGGAGAUGGUUUUUGAGUAAUUUCUUUGUGGGUUAAAACAGGGGCUGUAAUUUGAGUCUUAUUCUCCACUUUUUUGUCGUUCUUUGGGGGUGGUUGUAUAUUCUUAGGGGGAGAUUGUUUUUCAGUAUUUUCUUUUUGGGUUAAAACAGGAGGUGUAAUUUGAGUUUGAUUCUGCUUAGGUGGGGAUUGAGGCUCAAUAUUUUUAGGUUUUGUUAAUUCCUUCUCUUCAUUCCUAGUAUUUGUCUGUGUAAUAUUUUCUUGUCCAUUUUUCUCUUCCUUGUCUAAAAUAGAUCUUUGAGUACUAGUAGGAACGUCUAUUUGAGUUUGGCUCUCCUCUUUGUCUUUCUUUGGUGGUGGUGAUUCAUCAUCUUCAGAGUAGGGGGAAGGAGAUCUUGGCUCUUCUAUAGGAGGAGGGGGAUCUUCAAUGGGCGAAGGAUCUCGCAACUCUUCUUCAGGUGUAGGAGGGGAAUCUUCAUUAUCGUCUUCACUAUAUGGGGAAGGAGAACGCAAUUCCUCUUCAGCAGAGCGUUUUCUCUUUUCAGCUCGAGGUGGUGAACCAAGAACUGAGGUGGUUGAAUAA